UCGCGGUAUCUUGCUCUUUGUCUCCAAAAUUUAAAAGACCCACUAAUAUCAAACCCACUGUUCCCUCAAGGCCUCAACUGCCUGGACUUGAUCUGGCAGCCCCUGGAGAAAGCACCUGGGUCUCCCACCAGCUGCAGGCCUGUCACCUGACCUCACUAGGCUUCUGCAGGACUCCAGGGCCCUGGGUGGAGCAAACCAUCCCUGGAGGUGAGUGAAACCAGGGCAGGAAUCAGCCUUCUGCCAUGAUGCCAGCCUCCAGACUGGGACUCUUCUCUGUGGACUAACGGGUGGGAGUCACUUUAGAAAGUGGGGGUGGGAGGGCUGCUGCAAAGACCCCAAAGGGACUGAUCCUCUCUCUGCCUAUAAAAGUAACAUGCACACAAAGCAGAAAACACCCAUAUUUCCCUGUGAAUGCAUUUUUCUAUGUGUGCCAUUACCAUACACUUGAAAUCAUACAUUCAUUUUCAGUUUUGCUUCAUCACUUGGACCUUAGAUGUCCAAAAAAAAAAAAAUGGGUGGGGAUAGCUAAAUAAAUCAUAAUACAUUCCUAAAAAGGAAGAGUAUAUAUAGCUAUUUUAGAGUUUCUGACAACACAGAAAAUGAUUAUGUGUUAAAAGAAAAAGUAGGCUGGAAGUUAUCUAUUCAUAUGAUCUCUGGAUGUUAAUUUCUUUUUAAAUAUUGAAAAAAACAGGUUAGUAGGAAAGUGCUGAAGGAGACAGAAUUAAGAGUAAUAUGCUUCUACAUCUGUAUUUUUAUAUAUGAGACAAAUGUAGUAGUGGUUUCUCAAUUUUUGCUCUUACAAACAAUAACUGUGAUGAAGAACUGAUUACAUGGAUCUCUGACCCAGAAAUUUCACUUCUGAGACUUGGUAUUCUGUCAUAGAACCCUGUCACUUUUCUGCAUUCAUGGCUUAUAAUAUUAAUAAAUGAAUGUAUGCCUGUAUGUGUGUAUGGACUUUUAAAACAGGGCUUCCCUCUGUCACACCAUAAGAUCCACAUGAGAAGGUUUUAUCUUUCUUGACUGUAGCCAAGUCUUAAGCACAGGGUCCUGCACACAGUGGACGCUCAGUAAAUAACUGCUGACUAAAUGAAUGAGAACAUAACCUAAAGAAAUAUUUCAAACCAGGAUGAAGUGGAGUGAAAUUUUAAAGCCAAAUAGCUCCCCUAAAAGGCUGCAUGAACCUUACACGAGAAUGCCCAUCACAUCGAGUAAAGGCAGGGGGAAAAAAAAAAACUUAUGGUAAUCUAAAAAGGAGAAGAUCACUCCUCUUUGGCUUUAAGAAAUACAAAAAUAUCCCACUGUAUUCAUAGCACCUCUUCUGUUAUUUAUGUGUUUAGGCUGUUUUAUUAGGAUUUUCAUUAAAAAAAGUUUAGCUGAAUCAAUCUGUAUAAGAAAAUGAUACCGUAACCCUAUCUCUCAUCCACUUAUUACAACAGCUCCUCCAACAUGUUUGGUUUUUAUUCUGUAUUUCCCUGAGAGCUGUGGGAGUGUAAAGUACAUGCAGGCAACUCUCCUCAUCAUUUUCUCAGCUGUUUUCUUCUACUGUUUUUUUUUUCCCCAGGUUACGGAUGUGAGAUCCAGGUAAAAUCCAGCACCAAACCUCUUCCCCCAGGGACAGACCUGCCAGGUCAGUUCAGCAGCACCCACGGGACAUUUAAGACAAGCCCUCAGGGUCCCGGGGGCAGCACUGCAGCAACACUUCACGAGCUGGCAGGGUAGCCUUUCGUUUCUUGGUAGAAUUAGUCUCUCGACUCAAGAGACCCUGAACACCUUCAUACAAAUGUACACAGGGUCUCCCCACCGAAAGGCUGCACAGAUCUGUUUUUAUAUAAAAAGCAUGCAUGUCACACAGACAGCAAUGCUACAGCCCCUUAAGAUCAGACAGACCAGGUUCUCUUUGCCCCAUUAAGAAACCUUAAGCAACAUCUGUUCUGCAAAACAGCAACAGGUAUCUCGAGUGACCGCAGGUGAAGAAAAGCUGGACUCGUCUGACUUAACAAAGAGCUCAGGUGUCUGGACACCCACGAGGGUGAGAGUCUCUGCGGGCUCUGAGUUGCGUCUCUUGGCUUCACUCUCCCCAGCAGACACACGUGGGGUAAACCUAAAGAGCGGACCAGCAAGUGGAGGACCUUUGAAGCCAGAAAAUGGAAGGAUGUUAAGAGAAGUACCCAUCAGAGGAGGGUAACAAAGGGGGAAGCCACUAUUGGUGGACAGAGACUCCACCUCCGCCUCGUGCACAGGCUAAGCCGGUGGCUGUGGGAAGACGGGGCAGGACCAGGACUCUGCCUGUGUCCCUGAAGUCAGGCCUCUGGAGAGCCAUGCUAAGGCACUCGACUGCUCCAAUGCUACGCAGGAAGCAAGGAGAUUUUUAAGUGACUUUUAUUUACUCCCUGAAUGAAAAAGGCUCAAUAAUCAAUUCUGGCCUCCUACUUUUAAAAACAUUUAAGAAAUCUGACCCAGGACUGCCAGGAUUUCACCCAGCUUUCAGAAUCCGAGAAGCACCCGCGCUGCCCUUCACCUGGGCCAGGUGUUGGUUUUGUAAAGGGAGCCAGCCCCGAAGAAACACUCAGGUUCUGUUUUUCAACCCAUGGGUCAGAAUCGACAAGAAUAAACUCCUCCAGGGAUGAAAAGGUGACAAAACCUGCCAAGCGACUCUGGUUCAUGUGAUUUCAGCAGGAGCUGCAGGAAGAGAAGCAACUGAAGGAGAAGAAAAGCCAGGCAGGGUGCAGACACGCCAGGACCUCCGACCCAUGCGAGGAGCAUCUCUCGGAAGCUGAGAGGAGAACGUUUCAAACCAUGGUAAUAAGAAGGCAACUGGAGCUCGAAGCAUGAGCCAGCUGCGAGCCACAAAGCCUGGUCUUCUCGUGUGCACAGCCGUUUGCAUCUUCAUUUUUAUUUAUUUAAGGAAUCUGACUCCCGAGGAAGCAGAGGAGGAACCCACCCACCCAGCAGUGGUAGAAUGUGGCUUCUAUCCAGAUGAACUGUGCUCAGCUUUGUUUGAAGGGAAAGAGGCGGCUCCCCAGAUUGCAAAGUUCUGUAGAAACCCUCAUGGAUCUGAAAUACUUGCUCAUUUACACAGACCAGGAAAUUGCUCCAGGAUUUCCCACGAGUUGCAUUUCAUAACCAGACCCCUGUCUGCAGACGAGGGCAGCUUCUCUUUGGCAUAUAUUAUUACUAUUCAUAAGGAGCUGGCUAUGUUUGUGCAGCUACUUAGAGCUGUUUAUGUGCCUCAGAAUGUUUACUGUAUUCAUGUGGAUGAAAAGGCCCCAAAGAAAUAUAAGACUGCAGUACAAUCCCUGGUUAAUUGUUUUGAGAACAUUUUUAUUUCAUCAAAGAGAGAGAAAAUGGCUCACACUGGCUUUAGAAGACUACAGGCAGAUAUUAACUGUAUGAGAGAUCUAGUCCAUUCCAAGUUUCAAUGGAACUAUGUCAUUAAUCUCUGUGGACAGGACUUUCCAAUCAGAACCAACAAAGAAAUCAUACACUACAUCAGAAGCAAAUGGAAAGAUAAAAAUAUCACUCCCGGAGUAAUCCAGCCACCAAGCAUUAAAUCUAAGACAAGUCAGAGCCAUCUUGAAUUCAGCCCUGAAGGAGACAUCUAUGUGUCUCCAAAUGCAGGAUUCAAGGUUGAGCCACCCCAUAACUUAACCAUUUAUUUUGGAAGCGCUUACUAUGUACUAACGAGGAAGUUUGUGGAGUUUGUGCUGACUGACAUCCGCGCAAAAGACAUGCUCCAGUGGUCCCAAGACAUCCACGGCCCAGAGCGACACUACUGGGUGACUCUGAACCGACUGAAAGAUGCUCCGGGCUCCACCCCAAACGCUGGCUGGGAAGGAAACAUUCGAGCUGUUAAAUGGAGAAACAAGGAGGGAACAGUUCAUGAAGGCUGUAAAGGCCACUACGUCCAGGACACCUGUGUGUACGGACCAGGAGACUUGCCAUGGAUCAUUCAAUCACCUUCUCUGUUUGCCAACCAAUUUGACUCGACCGAGCCUCUUGUGGUCUCGUGCUUGGAGCGGUGGCACAGACUCAGAGUUCUAGGGCAGGCAGAGGUCCCUGUGGAGGCACACUGGCAUUUCCAACAGAAGAGCCAUCUCAAUACGGAAUUGAACCGCUGAGUUGGAAGUUAUAGAGAGUGUUUGCUUUCUUAUUGGUAUCAUUCUGUUUUCUUGACUUGAAAUCAGAGAACAUUCGACCAAAAAAGAAUGGAAAAAUAAUUCCUUGACAGAAGAUAGUCCUAAAAUGAAUUUAGAAACUUGCUACUGACAAAGACUCUACUAUUAAUGAUAAGCCACUUUCACAGUUUAGAGAAAGAAAUCACAAGAGAAAAAAUAAUUCAAAGUUCCACUGGUGACUGGAUAAGUGACAUGGAGGCUUGACUGCCUCACUGAACAGUUAAUGGAAAUCAAGAUUCUCCAAACACUUAGAUCCAGGCUCAAGUUAGAGUAAGAAUGUAUCUUGUCUUAAGGGUACUAUUGUGUAUGAGAUUCUAAUAAAGAACAAACUCCCACUGAAGAUGAAAAUAUGCUUCCAGCAGUUCUCUUUGGCUAGGAACAAUGUAACUUUGUUCUAGAAAUCCUAGAAAAACAAGGAAGAGUCUACUUCCUUUGGGUAAAAGGAAAUUACGGAGUUGAAACACAACUUCUUACAAAGGCUGCCCCCAAGUUUCUGCAGGCUUGCAGCUGCGAUGAUGAGAUGGUCUGUAUCUAAGCUAUACCAGUCACAACCACAGGGGGCGCUGGGCACCUGAAAUGUGGCUGGAGUGACUGAUCAAGUGAACCUUAACUUUAAAAACUUUAAUUAAAAUUUAAAUAGUCAAAAAAUUUAAAAAAAUAAAAUUUAAAUAGUCACACGUAGCUGGUGGUUACCAUACAGAACAGCACAGGUCAAAGGCAUGGAUGGUCUUACUUCUCUCUACUCACAGAUUCAGGUCUUUCAAAAAUCCACAAAUCUUUGUUGUUUUGUCGAGGACUUUUUAUAUACUCUUUCUAAAAGAGCCCACGGCAUCAUACAGGACUACAAACAUACAACUAUUGAACAGCAUAACUUAAAACAACUAAAAUAAGGGGCAAGUAGGAACCACAGGACAGAACACUAAAGAAAUUAAUGUGUAAUUCAAGGACAAAGCAUACCUCUCAGUGAACUGACACUUCUCAAACACAGAAACUAAAUGAGAUUCCAAUUAAGUCAAUGAAAACAGUCCCUGAAAAGCAUGGAACUACACAGAAGAAAAGAGGCUCUGAAAGCAGAGUCUGCAAAUCAAACUUGAGCUAACCACAGCACAUUUAAAUUUCCACUGAAACAAACAUUUCUUCCCCAAAGAUAUGCGAUUCCAGGGAAAGCGCACGGUAGAAGGUUAAGACCAUCAGUGAACGUCAACGCCCCAGACAGCCUGCUCACAAGCAGACAGAGUUGAUGGUCAUGCUCUGAGUGGUUGUUCAGAAAGCUCAGGUUCACCACAAUCCUGUCUCCUACAUUUUAUAACAACUCUUUGCAAGUAAGUGCAAACCCCAGUACACUUUUAAAUUAAAUAAAAUAAAAAAUAAAAGAAGCUUACAUUGUUUCAAGUUACUUAAAAGAUAAGUUUCCCUUCAUUUCAAUGUCAAUUAUAGAACACAAAUUCACACAACUGCCCUCAAAAGGCUCAAAUACUGCAAUAAAUCAUUUCUGUAACAGCGAGAUUAAAAAAUAAUAAUAAUAAGAUAACUUAAAGACAUGUCCAGCGGCUAAGA